AUGCAAAAAGUAGAAUUAUUGACCGUCCCGGAACCGGUCGAAGUUGUACAACAACAUUGGUUUGAUGGAUACAUGUAGGUUUUACUGGCUACAUCGUAUCGUUUGUUAUAUCAAUUUACUUUAAUAUUAUAUAAAGUUGGUUUCCGUAUUGAUAAAAUAAUGUGCUUUGGGCUCUUUAGUACUAUAUCAUAUAACGUAUAGUAACGCUGACGCAAAGAGUAAUUAAAACUAAGGCUUUAGCUGGGGCUAUGGCUAAAGCUAUAGCUAGAAUCAAAACUAGGGCCGAAGCUAGCACUAGGGCUAAGGCUUCGGGAUAAGGCUCUGGGCUCUGAGCUAGGGCCAUGGCUGUAGGUAGGCUACCAAACAUAAUUUUGAAACAUUAAAACUUUUAAAAAUCCCUAGAAACUUAUCAGACAAUAUUUUAUUUACAUAUGUCAGCAAUGUUGUAAACGCAAGCUACUUUACAUAAUCUGUGCUAUAACCUUUGGAUAAUCAGCUUAAGAGCGCAAAGAACAUAUCAUAGACUAUAAGUGCAGGUAGUCAAGAUUUGCAAGCAAAAUUCAAGAAAUUCUUGGAUUAAGUGCCAUUUUUUGUUACAGUAUACUUUGUUGUAAGUUUUAAAAAAUAUGAUUUUAAGAAUUUCAAAAUUUUUAAGACUAGCAUCAUUCAGAAGCGUAUUUUACACGAAUCCUUGUUUCCGAUAUUAAAAAAUUACAAAAUUUAUUUUUUGAUGCAAAAAGAAUGGCGUGUUUUAUAAAAUACAAUUUUUUCAAAAUAUAUUAUUUUAAAAUAGUUAAAAGUUCAAAAUAAACGUGUAUGUAUAUAAGGCUAACUGACCACAGUUUGUCUACUUCCGGAAUAACUCCUGUUAACCUCAUAGUAAUUUAAAUUUACUGAGUAAUUCCAUUUAAUUUACCAUGCGUUCCCAUCGUCUCAUAAGCGACGAGCUUACUUUGUUUACACCACUUCCGAAUUAAUAUAUUUUACUGUGGUAACUAGACAUUAAUCUAGAUAACUAGACAUUAACACUAGUAUUUGAACAAAGUAAUUGAUAUUACCUAGUAAUUUGUUCUUACUAAUAACUAUUGUCUUUAUAAUCUUAUUAUCGAAUUUGUAUGGUUAUUAGACUAAGAUUAAAACUAUCAGUACUAAUUGAGUUCAACUUGUACUAUUAUGCCUAACUUUGAAGGUUUAAUCACAGUUUAAAGCUUAAUUUUUGAGUGCUAGCUAUUACAUGCACUGCUAGACAUAUAAGAGUACUCAUAGUAGCAGAAACUUCAUUAUUUAAGUACUAGCUGUUACAUAUGGUGCUAAGACAUAAAACAGUACUAAUAAUACUACAAACCCAAUUACUUUUCUAAUUCUUUAAUAUUACUUGAAAUACGCCAAAAAUGCCACAAAACACUUGGCUUAACGUAUCAAGGUCGCUGUCGGAUAUGAAUAAGAGGUUUUAAGUUUUUACUUUUGAUUUACCUUUUGGUAUCAAAACGUAUAAAAAGUAAUGAGCUAUAUCUCUUAUAGUAAUAUUCACUGCAGUAGCUCAUUACUUUUUAUACAACCUAAUACAUAGUCAAGGAUUUCUUUUUUACAUCGACCGCUUGUUUUACCACAAAAAUAAUUUAGCAUUAGUUUUAGAUAUUAACAUAUGCUUAGAACGAACAAUUAUGUAUUAUUAAAAAUUAUAUAAAAUUGUAAAAAAAAGUAGUGUUUAAUGAAACAGUACAAAACACACAUUUUGUAGUCAAUUAUAUUAUAUUAUACUUGGUAAACAAAACCUCUUCAAGAACAAUACAAAUAGUAUGAUACUAUUGCGUAUUUGGUCACGUUUACAAACAGUACUAUGAUAUACUACAAGUUUGUAAUGGCAUAACCAGUGUAAAGAAGCGUGCUGUCAAGUAUAAACUUCUAAUUGAUAACUCAUAAGAUAUUUUAUAUAUCAACUAUAAUAUUACUUGACGUACACUUGGUUUAUAUUAGUACACUCUAUAGAAGUCAACAAAAUAUAGAAUUUAGGUAACUAUAAAAACAUAAGCAAUAGAAUAAGCUAGUCCAUAGUUCAAGUAAGCCAUUUUUACAUUAACUAAUCGCUGUUGUUUUAGGAAAGCAUUGCGACAAAAGACAGACACGUCUUUGGUCACGGAUUCGAAUCAUGAACUAGCUCAACGAAUGCGCAGAACCAGUAGCAUGCCUUCAGUUGUGGAUGCCAUGCACAGUAAGUGUUAUAGUCUGUUAUACUAAAAGCCGAUUGAUAUAUUAGGUUGUUCAGGUAACUCUGUGCCCCUAACUUCGUAAGUUUUCUUUGAAAGAGGGCACUGGAUUAUUUGAACAAACUGAUAACUUACAUUGAAAAAAUUUUUUAAAUCAUACUGUAACAUAAAGAACAAUUUUGACUUCAGAAACCUCCCUAGAAAGAAUACGACAUUACAAUUACGACCUCAAGUUGUCGAAACUACAGAAAAGAGCCCUCAGAUUCACGUGGCAUCGGCUACAGACAAGGAACGGUGGAAAAAGAGUAGACCUUGUCUUUGAAGACGUAAGCUUACCAUAUUAUAUACAAAGAUGUUCUACCAUACCAUAUCCUACCCUUCCGUACCUUACUCUAUUUUAAUUGCCUUACCGUAUGCUACCCUACCCUACUCAGCCCUACCCCUACCAAACCAUACUUCAAACCUUAUAUUAUAGGUGUACGACCGUCUAAUGAGAGUAGUGCCAAUAAUGAAAGAGAUGUUCACCACCCGCGCCUUCUUAUCAGCCAUGUCAAAACAUGAAGUAGCCACCCCUCGAGAUCACGCUCGUUUCACAGUAAAAAUGAUUGACGCAGUAAUCAAAAACCUGGAUACUGAUGACAAAAAACGAACAGAUACUCGAAGUGAGUACGAUCCAGUACUAAUUGGACGUGCUCACGCUGUUCUACGACCAUAUGGCUUUGUAGCUAGCAUUUGGGAGAAACUAGGAGAGACGAUCAUCGAUGUUGUGUUAGUACAAGACGCAGUACGAGACCUGCCUGGUGCUGGACAAGCAUGGGUGGUGCUGACUGCUUGCUUGGUGGACCAGGUAAAGAAAAAAUAUUUUUCAAUAUUAUACUAGACAAAAUAUCAAUUUUUAAACCGAUAUGAUGAUAUAAUGACCUUUACUAUACUUUUUACUCCAAGUUUUUUACUAUUAGUCAUGAUAAAGAUGAAAUACAUAAUUGCUGAGAUCACUCUAGUAAUACCAUAUAAACUUUCAUUUCAGCUCCGAGCAGGCUUCGAACAGAACCGUGACCCCAAGAACCGUAUACCAGGCCGUUGUCCCAUGCACGAAAUGAACAAACACUCCACAGUACACCCUCCUCACCAGGUUCAUCCACCUCACCCUUUCCAAACAUUCUCCACUCCUCAAACUCAACGAUCCGCCUCUCCAAUCCUUGAUCUUGAUCAGGCCACGGAGCAACUUCGUCAAAACUCGAUCAAUCGAGAUCGGCAUUCUCCGCCUUCUGAACCAGUCCAACGACGAGCUUUCAGUCAUCAACAAAGUCUGCCAUACCCAUAUAUGGAUGAGGAUGUAGAUGAGAACGUGGAGAGUGGCAACUCGUUGGUUUUGAAUCGAAAUGAACAAAUGAUGUUGAGGGAGCAACAGAAAGAGGAUAUUAGAGUAGCUGAAGCACUGAUAAGUGGAAGAUACCUAGACAAACAGAACGAGGUAAGCAUUUUUUGGUGUUUAUGUUACACGCACUGGGUAGGCUCAAUCUAAAAACGUUAACUUUACGAUCUAACCUUUAACUUUUUUUUCAAGGUUUAACUUGGCUCUUGACCUUAUGCACAAUAACAACACUAACCCCACAAACGCACCAAAAACAAAAAACAGCACCAACCGCACUUUUAAUUAAGAAUCCGCUUAAGAGUAAUUACCAUUAAUCCAACUACAGCUUUCAGUACCGUCCUAGACACCACCGUUCCAUCGCCGCUCUCUUCACAAACACCCCUCCUCCUGCCUCCCAGCCCAUCACACCCCACUCAAACAGCCCCAUUCAUGCGCCAAUAGCAUCGAUGGACAGAUCUGGCUCCUCCAGCAGAUGCACUAGUCCAGGACACCCGAUUCCAUACAGAAAUCGAUCUCCAUCACAUCAACAUGUUAUUGAAAUGACAAGCCUUACAUACCGUGCUAUAAGUAGUGGAGCUUUGCCGAGCAGUGGAAGAGAUGACAGUCCUUCGAAGGCUAGACGAAGGUCUCAACCAGUCGAAAGUCGGUACAGAAAAACCAAGUUUUAUUAA